AAUUUUGAAAGAAACAUCAAACAAUUUCAUGGAAGCUAAGUCUUUUAAACUAGGACAAUUAAAAGAUUUGAAGAGCCAAGAGAAAUUUGUAAACAAGUUGCUGUCACUUCUUGCCAUAGCCAACACGGAAGAAAAUUGUGGAAAAUAUAUUCAAGCGAUUAAACAUUUGAAGGAAGCUUUAGUUCUUACACAAAAAUAUCUUUCGCCAAAGGAACCUUUACGGAUUUUAACUCUGCUUUUGAUUGCAAAGUUGCACGCAAGAAUUGGGUACUUCAAGGAGGCCAUGACCUACUUUGAGUUACUUCUAGCUGACGACUCUUUCUUAGUAAAAAUUUUUUAUCACAUAAGUUUGAGAAGGCACACGCGUUAUUAAGUUGAGAAAUCUUCCAAUCGAAGA